GCUGGAAAACAAAGUAGAAAGAAGAAUGGAAGUAGAAGAGUGGGUGAUCACUUUGACUUUUCCAAAUGGAAAGCGAUUUCAAAGAGGAACCCAAUCUCUAGGGAUCUAUGCAUUUCUACCAACAGAGAUGAUGACGAUCUUUCCUUUCAUAAUUCAGGAAGAUUUUCUUCUAGCUUCGUCCAAGGAGACAAUUCUCUUGGACAACAAAUGGAACCAAGGGAUUCUUGA